AUGAGGAUGGGACUCACAUGGCAGCUCAUGCUCCUGUUCUGGGCAUGGAGUCCUCUGGGCUUCUCAUCCACAGUCAGCUUCCCCGGUUCACCACAGGAAUGUAAACAGGCCCACUUUGUCCCAGGGUACAACCUGGGUGGAGAAGGCUUCGACAUCGURACAAUGGAGAGGAAAGGGGCCUACGUCAUCGACACCGAAACAUGGAACCUUGGAAACGGCACCUGCAGAAUGUACACAAACAGCUACAUGAUGGAGAACCAGAAGGUCCCGGCUGCUGUGGUGGACUGGAGACCCUUACCGAAGUGCACCACGAAGGUGGCCAGUGUGCUGUACGAUUCUGUUGAAAGUCUGGUCAAUGAUUCCACAUCAUCUGUGUCCAAUGACUGGAAGCUUGGUCUAGAAAUUCCAGUAGAUCCUACAGCUACUGUUGGUGCGUCCUUUGGAGGUUCACACUCCAGGGCAUCUCAGUUUGGGAUGACGAAGUCUAAACAAGACCGCUACAUGUUUGUUCGCCAUUCUGUUGACUGUAGCUUUUAUCGCUACAGGCUGACAACAAAUCCUCCCAUGAGCCAUGACUUUCUAUCAGCUGUGAACUCCCUUCCUCCCUACUCUUUUGCAAAGGCCCCUCUAUAUCGUAACCUGAUUGACACUUAUGGUACACAUUACAUCACACAGGUGUCUCUAGGGGGAGGAAUAAAAGCAAUAACUUCUUUCAAGACUUGUUUGGCAACCAUGAGUGGGCUGACAGCAACAGACGUUAGUGAUUGUUUGUCAGUAGAGGCUUCGGCCACCAUUGCAAGUACAGCUAGCAUCAAGGCRAUGUACCAACACUGUCAGGCAAAGAAAAAGAAUUUAGCCCAUGGUCAAAGUUUCAGCUCUGAGUUCAGUGAGCGAAUCAUAGAAGUUACAGGUGGAAAUGAGCACGAUGUUGUGUUCUUUCAAGAUGGUUCAAACACUGAUGCGAAUAAAAAGUGGCUGAACUCCCUUAAAUAUACACCUGAUGUGGUCCAGUACAACUUGAAGCCCCUGCACACCAUACUGCCUAACAACCAUCUUGCUCGUAAUGGUUUAAAACAAGAAGUAGAGCAGUACAUUAAAAAGAACGGUGUGUUGAAACAAUGUUCUGAACCCUGUCAGAUCGGACACAGAACCAACAAAAGAGAUCCAUGUGCCUGUGUGUGCAACAGUAACCAGAAUGUCAACCCAAACUGCUGUCCUGCUGGGAAAGGUCUUGCAACGUUAAAGGUGUUCAAACUUUCUGCAAAUAAUCUGUAUGGUGAUGUGUGGAGUCAGACAGACGCUUCAGUGCAGGUGAAAUACGGUGACCAGACUAAGUAUACCGACAUCAUAUCUGAUGAUGACGACCCACAAUGGCYCGAAAAAUUUGAAUUUGGACCCAUUGUUAUCAACAUGAAGAAUAAACUUACAUUCAGUGUUUACGAUGAGGAUUCAUACUGGGACAGUGAUCUGCUUGGUGAGUGUUUGGUUGAUCUCCAUGAAGGGAAAGUGUCAGAUAGCUGCACGUUUGAGCAUGGCACCUUUUUCUUUUCAUACGAGGUGCAGUGUGCACCGAGCCUCGGCGGCAGCAGGUGUGAUGUGUACACGCCCUCCCCCAUGAGUCCGUCUUUGGCCCAAGUUUUCUACACCAGAAACGGGGUCCUGGUCGGAGAUUCAGGGAAGCAGUUUGAUAAAUCAACUGAUCAGUCAGCUUCAGACCAGCUGUGAGAUGUUCUGAUGAAAUGAGAUAUCCAUUUAACUUUUUUUGCUUGUAGUUUGUAGCUUCCUUUCCUUGAAUUUUUGCCUUUAAAAGAUUCCGAUUUGUACUUAAGUAGAAAAAUGAUUUCCUUCAUCCAAUAUAUUCUGGGCUCACUGGUGCCCAUGUCCAGCAGUCACUGAGUGAGGGGCAACACCACAGGACCAUAUUCACAUGGCAGGUCUUAAUGCUCAAAUCAAAUUUUUGCAAAAAUCUGCUAUUUUUUUGCGAGGACCUUCACAUAAUAAACGUGACCUCCAUCAGACUCCAGUGUGAACUUUCCGCAGCACUGAUGUGACCCACAUGUGCAGAA